GUAAGUUAUUUUACUUGUUUCUACGUAUCAUACACACUCAACGAUGAAUUGGAAACUUGUUUUUUUCUUAGCUUUUUUAAAAUAUAUUUUAGUCAUAGCACCAAGAACUAAUAGAAUUCAAGGAGAGGAAUACUUGGAAGAAUUGUAUGACGGAGAUUUCGUACGUUUGUUAAAUUCCAUACGUACCUUAGCCUGGCACCCGGUUUACUUUCACGACUACAACUUUGAGCAUCUUACAAAAGAAUACUACACCAACGAGACUAAUUUGAACGUCAAGAAAGUGUCUGUCAAAAAGUAUUACCGGAAAAUGCAAGAGAUCCAGUGUGUUAACGGAUUGUUCUUUUUGCAUGUGAUAAGGGAACUCAAAUCAGGCAUAAAUGAAACACAAAUCAGAGUAAUGAAAAAUUCACUUAAACAGUUAGCUUCGGAAUAUAUGUUUUACCUGACCCGCAUGUUGUCUAUGUUGCACAUUGCAAAAUGGAACCCUUACCCUUGGCAAAUCGAAAUGUUUACGUUUGUGGCGGGUCUCAAGGGUUCGGACGCGAAUUUUAAAAGUUACAGAGACCAUUACAAAGAAAACCAUAAACGCAUAGAAAUAUCCGUGAACGAGUUCGUUACCCAAUGUAUCAAAGUAAAAUAUUUAAUAUCUGUAAGCGAAAACAGCACAGGAAAGACAGCGAUUUCCCUUCACCAAGUCUUUGAGACUAUGGACCUAUGGUACAAAAACGAUGACAUUUUAGCCUAUGCCUACGGUGUCGCUGACCACUACACCGCACCAAAUCUUAUGUUAACAAAACUACAUUCAAGCCAUGAAUUCAUCUACGACUGGUCAAGUUUUAGUAUAGAACUCGAAACAAAUAAUGUCGAACUUCGUUUGACGGAAUACCUUACGGAAUUUGGACGCCAACAACUGUCACAUCGAUGGGAAUUGGACCCGAUUGGCGGUAAUAAGUACAAUGCUCUGAUAGCGGAAUGCAUACACUUAAGGAUAGUGUACUACACGUGGUUUCACUUAUAUACAUACCACGCCUUACAGAGCCGACCGCCGGCCGUUAACGAAUCAGAAAUAAGAGAAAAAAACCUACUGCUCGGAAUCUGGUACAUGCUCGUGAUUCCACUUAAAAAUGCAUUAAGGGCGUUUAGAUUCGAUGGAAAUAUCUACUGGUCUGCAGUAAACAAAAUGAUGGUCAACAUUAACACGAUUAACGUGGAAGAACUCGCGGCACGAGAACAGUUCACGAGAAAUCAUUUUUGUCAAGCUGUAGAAAAUUUAGGACUCGCCAAAGCAUCCGAUGUCAAUCGACAGUUAACAAAAGUAAAAGUGGAAAAAGACUACUUGACAAUUGCUGAUACCAUCCUAGACAAUGCCAAUAAGCUACAGGAUUACACUGAUAGAAUAUUAGAUAUAUUGGGCGAGAAAAACGGUGCUUUUGUUCGUCUUAUAGUGUCUGCCGAAGGAAAUAAAACAUUUAUUUCGCGAUAG